AUGAAUUCGAUGAAGGACGAUGAAUUCGCUCAGGAUUAUUUACAGUCGCAUUUCAAUACCAGCGCAGUUGUAUCGACUUUGAGUCUACGGCUAUCUCUGUGCAAGAUAGCAAACUUCGCCCAAGGAGGUGUUAAACACGAACUUUUAUCUAUUCUAGGUUAUAAAAAGACGAAUGAGAUAAAACCAAGUUAUGAAGAUCUAGAAGAACUACUGAACACGUUGAAAAGCAUCGAUUUCAUUUUAUUCAACAGGAUAUUUGUAAACUACACAAAUGAGUUUACAAAAACGUUUUUGUCUACUGAAUUUGGGGUUCGGGUCGAUAAAGUUGGCUUUAAAUAUUCAGACACUGCGACCUCUUUUAUAAAUAAAUUGAUCGACGGUGCAACAUACAAACGAAUAACAGAUGUGAUAGAAACACGAGAUAUUCAUAAUGAGACCUCCUUAAUAGCUGUUAACGUCGCCUACCUUAAAGUACGGUUACCUGGGAAGUCCCGUUUGAUUUGCGACAAACGAAGCACUCUAAAUUCAGACAGUACAACGGUAAUUAACAUGAAGUUAGCUAGUGCAGGAGCAUCAGUGACAAUAGUCAUACCAAUUGACAUGGAGAGUCUCAAAGACUUCCUGAACAACUUGGACAAACCAAAUUUCUUUAGAAAAAUUAAAAGUAGAAUGCGCUUCGAGCUUGUCGAUAUAGAAUUACCGAGAUUCAAAAUAAAGACCGCAAUUGAGUGGACGGAUUCGUUGAAAAAGAUAGGUUUGAAAACUAUAUUCCUGAAAAAUACCACAGACCUCAGUAGCGUAUUGAAGGAAACCUCUCAAGACCGACACGUUUACCUGAGCAAAGUGAAACAGAAGAACUUCUUGCAAGUAGACGAAAUGGGGGUGCUUCGCCAGGAGCCUCAAGAUGAACUCAAACCGAAACCAGCGGACCAACGCUUCGCGAUGUAUGCGACAGCUGACAGACCUUUCUACUUCAGUAUCAGCUUACAUUUCGACAGAUCUGAUUAUUUGAACGUUGAAGACUUAUUCAGUGGUAUUUAUUUUGGGCCGGAAUAA